CAACGGAAAAAAUCGCAAGAUGAAGAUAGUUUAUGAAUAAUUACAAUAGUAUCUGCAAUAAAUUUGAGUUAAAUAUACAAAUUUACAUCUGAUAACUUUGCUUCAUUUCAAUCAACAUGUCUAUUGAUAUAUUGAAGAUUCCUUUAAUUCCUGCAAUCUAAUCCUUAUAAUAAGCCUGAAUUUGUUUAAAAUGUAUGUGAAUUUCAGUCUAAAUUUCAAUUUUAUAUCGAUUUUAACAAAUUUGACUGUAAAUAAUGUCAGCUUCCCGUUUCCUGUUAACAUCCUUUGAAAAAUUGUGAAUUUCGAAUGAGCAUAAUUCAUCAGCCAGUGGCAACGAUUUCGGUGCGUCCCUAGCUUUUUAUCAAAAUAGGCAAGUAAGAUUUUUCAUCGGAGCUCCAAAACAAUUUUCCCUCAAAUAUCCAUCAAUAAGGACUGGAGCCGUUUUUGACUGCCCAUUGAACAAUUCAACUUCACAAUGUAACCAGAUAAUGGAUCCUGCAAAGGAUAAUGUGGAUACAAUUGAAAACAUGCUACUUGGUUCUUCAAUAGCAACCAAAUUUGGAUCAUCAGCUGCAUCAAAUAAGGUUAUUGCUUGUUCCUUCCUUCGGAUUAAUGAAUAUCAAGCUGAAACAUCUUACUAUCCAAAUGGAGCCUGUAAUUUUAUUAAACCAAAUGGAAACUCAAAAUAUGAUCAAAUGAUUGAACCAUUCAAGAGUAGAAGUUCUCAAACUGUGGGUAAGGAAUAUCACUAUUCGCAUUCAAUUUUUGGAUUCUCGAGUCUUUUUAUUAAAGAAAAUGGUCUAUUGGUCAUUGGAGCACCUGGAUUUUAUACAUGGAGAGGAGCAAUUGUCUUAUAUACACCUGGAAGUUCCUACUCUUUCCCCUUGAUUCGUCAUUUACCCCUUGCUCAAGCAUCAUCUGACUCUUAUUUUGGUUAUGCAAUCGCUUCUGGCCGUUUAUUUCAAAGCCGUCAUAUUUACAUCGCAAGUAGUGCGCCAAGAGAAGGUGAUACAGGAGCGGUUUAUUAUUUUCGUGUUGAAACUUUACUUGCUUCCGAACAACUCACAAGCAUUUAUGGAUAUCAAGUUUUAAGAGGACAAGAAAUUGGCGAAUACUUUGGCUACUCUAUAUUGAUUGCUGAUAUUAAUGGUGAUUUGAUGGAUGAUUUGAUUGUUGGUGCCCCUCUAUACUCUCCUGAUAUUUCACGAAGAGGUGACAUUGGAAGAGUUUACAUUUAUCAAAGUAACGAUGUGCAUUUUCUUAACCCAACUUUUUUAUAUGGAGAUCGAACACCUAAAUCCAGAUUUGGAUCAACUUUAGCUGAACUUGGUGACAUUAACUUUGAUGGAUAUAAAGAUAUUGUAAUUGGAGCUCCUUAUGAAGAUGAUGACUGCGGAUCAAUUUACAUCUAUCAUGGAAGCAAAGUCGGCCUUUCUGGAUUAUAUUCACAGAAAAUAUCUUGUUCCGAUUUUCCUUCGUACAAUUUAAAAGGAUUUGGAUUCAGUAUAGCAGCUGGUGUUGAUAUUGAUGGCAACAAAUAUCCAGAUUUGGUGAUUGGGGCUCCUUUUUCUGAUAAAGCAAUCGUUUUAAGGUCACAACCGAUUGGAGCUCUAAAGGUUUCCUUACAACCCGAUACUGUCUCAGUGGAUGAAAGCUGCAGAUAUAAACAGAACCUUCCAUGUUUCAAUAUUACUUAUUGUAUGAUUCUCAGAGGACAAUAUCUUAAUGGUCUGCAUACGGUCGAAGUUAAAAUUGAUAUUGAUACAUUAUUAGGAUCAGAUGGAUCAAUGUCAAGAGGACAAUUUAUCGUUAAUAAUGAAAAGCUGAAAUCAUUCCGUAAAGAAACGUUAAUCGAAAGUGAUAAAAGGUUUUGUGAGAAACCGAUUCAAGUCAUGAUUAAAAAAGAUAUUCGGGAUAAAUUAACUCCACUAGAGUUUACACUAAAUUACCAAUUAUUGAACAGAUUACCCCAGUUCUGCUCUAACUGUCCACACUUGAUCGACACCUCAACAAUAUCCGAGACAAUACCUUUUGAAACAGGUUGUGGAGAUGAUGGAGUUUGUGUUUCGGAUGUAACCAUGUCUUUAUUUUUGACCAACAAAACAAGCAAACUUGGAUCACUUAUUGAAGGUUUUCACAGUUCUGUUUAUCUGAUUAUUGCUCUUAACAAUGCUGGUGAAAAUGCUCAUGCAGCCAAGAUAACAUUGACUGUUGAACCACCUUUAAAAACAUCUUUUGAAAGCAUCACAUUUUAUGAAACCAAUGAUACGAGUUUAACGCUGAAUCUGGAUGUUGGUAAUCCUCUUGGCCCUGGUUCAAAAGAAUUACAAAUUCUUUUCGAUCUAAGAUCGUCUCUUAUUGAACAUUCAAAGAUCAAUUUUUUUUCUGUCUUCACUACCAAAAGUGAUUAUGCAGGAGGUGAACCGAUUAAAAGCUCGUUGACAAUUGGAGUUGAAAGAUUUGCUCAUUUGGACAUUAUUGGACAUGAAAGUAUGCCUGUAUUUUUCGACCAUCCAGACACUCGGUCAAAACAUUAUGAACGAUUUGUUUUGAUUUUCACAAUUUUCAAGACUGAUUAUAGUUCAAUUCGGAGUCCAGUUGUUGUUUUUCAUUUACCAGCUUCAUUGCCAAACGAACCUAAUUUUAUUUUCAAACCCAAAAUCGAGUCUUUAGAUUCAACAACAAUCACAUGUGAAUUGAGCAAAUCAGGCUUAGAACAGAUGCCAGUUGAGGAUUCAUCCAAUGGAAUGGUAAUGUCAGAAGCUCUCCGAUCAAGCGAGGAAAUUUCGAUUUCAAGAGAGAAACGAUCAAUCAAUGAAAGCAUAAAUUUGUCCACAGAUCCUGUAACUAAAUUGGAUUGUUCAACUACUAGUUGUAAAGAUAUUGAAUGUCGACUUGGUAGUUUUGGACCAGGAUCAAAAUCAGUUAAUAUUAGGCUGAUUGUUGUGGUAAACUUGCAAAAAUUACAGAAAUCAUUUGGAUCCCAUAUUGGUGUAUUCAAUUACACAGCUGAAGCAAAAACGGCUUUUCUGGAUUCAAUGGUCACUGGAAAUGGGAAAUGGUCACAAUCAGCCCUGUCUGAAGUUCAAUUGAAUCAAUUGCCUUACAAAGAAGCUGCUUCUUUUUGGAUUAUUGCAGGAUGCUCAUUUGCUGGUUUAUUUUUGUUUCUUUUAAUAAUUAUUGCUCUAGUCAAGGUUGGAUUUUUUCAACGGAAAACGAGACAGCAAACAGAAGUACUCAAACAACGAUACAGCAUGGCAAUAACUCCAAAUAUGCUGAAAGAGCUCGAGAUAAACCUAAAUGAAGAUGAUUCAGAAGAGGAAAAUGGUGAUUCGACUGAACCAUUUCCGAAAUCACGAUUGUCUUUUAUUUCAUGAAAUUGAAUUUCAAUUUCAAUUUGUGUAAUAAACACUUUAAAUCAUAA